GCUUCCUCAAGCAGCAGUGACCGUUCACAGCUUGUAGUAAAAUAGCCACGCUCCUCCCGCACGCGUCGUAGGCCGAAUGGAAUCCGACACUCAGCGACAGACCGCACGUAGGCGGUGGAAGAUUUGCAGGGCAAACUCUAACUCAACUUCAUCUUCGCCAUGCCCAUUGCGAUACAGGCUGAUUCGGUGAUUGCUACUAGUGCCGGCCGGAUUAGGAUUGAUGACAUGUGACGUGCGAACACUUGAACAUGAAGCCAGCUUGUAGCCUAGCCCUAGGUAGCUAGACUGGCUGACACUGAAGGAAAAGUUAGGAAACGCUGGACGAAUGCCUUCUGAGUUAUCCGGCAGAGGGCCAGGGUGCUAUCAAUGGUAGAUAAAUCUAGGUGAAACACGGCGCUGGAUUCCUUCAGCCACUCCUUUUGACGACGCAGGGCAGACCAGGGCCAGAACUCAGUUGCUUCCGACGCGUAUCUGCCGAAAACCUCCAGGCGGAGAAAUCAUUUCUGAGAACGUCAGUGGCUCCCAUUGUCGCCGGGGACGACGCUCAAGACGGCUGACUCGGUGGUACUUGUUGCCUUCUGUCUCUUGGCCACUCAUUUCCAGAAAAAGAGCUUUGUUCGCAAUGGACCGAACGACAACAGAUGUCGGUAGUGGGCCAAGGAUGAAUACCAGGGCACAGAGCAAAGAAAAGAAACCAUCUCUUCGCCAAGUCAGGGACAUACGGGCUCGCCUGCCAUCGAGCAUUCGACGUAAGAGCGAUGUCAGUGGUGUGAAGCCAGGCCGUUCCGCGCUGGCAUCAUCGGCUGGCGAGCUGAGAGAGUUGCCGUCGAAUCGACCACCGACCGGUCUCGCCUCACGCGCGAAGCCUCAGGAUUCCCCACGCGGCAGCAGCAGCAGCAACAUCCCACGAUCGCCAGCCUCACGGCGAGGCGAUGCGGACGACAACGAGGGUACGAGCGGAACGUGUGAAAUUCGCACGGCGGUCGUGCACCACACGGACGGUGUGCCGCUAGACUCGAUUGUGCCGCUGCGCAAGUCCCUUUCGGCCAGUCCACUCCGAAGGACUCAGGUGUCGAGUGGUCGUAGCACUUCAGCCACGACGAGAUUCUCGUCCGGUACUGAGCGGAGCGACGAAGAACGAGACGUGGAGCCCAGCCCGCCACCUUCGCCGGAGAUCUAUCAAUUCAGCAGUGUGCUGAAGUACGUCAAGAAGAGCCAGGAUAGCCUUCGUAGUAGCGACGACGAGGGCAGUGAAGAUGACCAGGAGACCGGCAUGCAUAGCACAGGACUUGUUGGUGGACGAUUUGACUUUGGAAUCGCUCAUGCACGACAGGCCAGCGCUCCCAUUGCGUUCAAUCAACCCUCAUCACUGGAGAUAUCUAAUGGCACGGGUGCUUUCGAUGCGGCGACCACUACAAGUGGUGGAGGCUCCAUGCCGAGACGACGUCCAAGAAGCGCACCGCUGUACGCCGAGGGAAGAUCCGUUGUAGCCCUGGCCCUGUCCGAGCUACACUCGCCCGUACGGCAAGCGGUGGUAAUGCAGUCACCGUCCAUCACCCCCGUGCACGGCCAUCUUUUCCAUGGUAACCAGGUAGCAGGCAGCCAGAUCCCUCUCGUACAGAACAGUUUGAUAAUGACGACUUCACCCAGCGGCUGUCGGCUGGAGCAAACACGACGGAAAUCCUUCGGCAUGGACAGCGCAAUAGGACUGGAUGAAGAAGCCGCAGUGGCAGGGACAGCAUCGCGACAACUCCCCAGCAAUCCAAGCACGUCACAAUUGGGCCUCAGCAGUAGCGGUCUGUCCCCGUCACUUUUCCAUAAUCGGCAGGGAAGCAGCAACAGCAGUGGUCUGGGUUCGAGGACGCCGUCGAUCACGUCGGACAUGUCAGCAGCCAGCGGCGGAGAGCGGCUCAUCACGAGCUCCGCUGUCGGCAUGGUGACCAUGACUCCCAGCAACUCAUCGCAAACAUCGCCAAUGUCAACGCACAGCGGGCAAAGUCGUGUGGUGCAUGAAGGGGAGGAAACCGCUUUGCCUGCCGAUGCUGUGUCAGCCACGCCGGACACAGAGCCAAGUGCACUGGAGAUGACAGACGAGGCAAGCCGGAGUGUAACUCCCAGCAUCGUACCAAAGAAGAUGACCAACACACGCACUGCAGGUGAAAGCGUUGCGAACACUGGCCUCAUGGUAGCUAGUUCAAAGAGGAGUUUUCCUGACCGGAAGAGACGGUCGGACACGGAAGGAACAUCACAAGAUGAGCUCGACGCCAGCGACAGCUGCAAUACGCUCACCGAGUUCACGACGUCGGCCACGGAAGGUGAGACUACAGCCUCCUCGCUGCCGACGUCGCCCGCAAAACGCACCAACAGCUCGUCGUCACGGAGACAGGAAGCGGCAAUGCUUCGCCGUCACCUAUCGUCAGCGUCGACCGUCUCGGCAGCCGCUCGCCUGGAGGACCAGAGAACGGCGGUGGCAGUGCGUCGCGGGGACAAAUGCCGCUUGUCUCAACGCAGUACAGAUGGUGGUUGCCAUAGCGCCGCCACGCUGCUCGACGACGGAAUCAGCCCGGAGCUAGUGUCGCUGCACAUGUCCAUGUCGUCGCUGCAAACGGCCACGUCGUCCGUGACGGUCCGCGAUCAACAGGAGCUGUUCCGCUCGACCCUGCUGCACGGCACGUCCAGCGACACACUGCACCAGACGCACAGCGGCGUCUUCUGCGAUUCCGUCAGCACCAUGGCAACCGCAGCAGGCGGUGGACAGCAGCACGGUGGUGGGCAUGGCAACGCCGUAACCACAGCAACUGGAACAGGUAGUGCUGGUGUAGCUGCUACACGGCCGAGGUCACUAACCGACGAGUUAGCCGUGCUCAGUGGUCAGAAUUCCUCCCAUGACCUGCUGGAGGUGAUUGAAGAGCCAGCUCAAACACCUCCAGCCACUCCGCAAGCCGAAGCUCCGGUUACGAAUCUCGACGCAGCCAUGCCGAUGAUCACACCCAUGCAGACCCCACGUCGCUCGAGCUGCACAGCCACGCAUAGUGCAGACAGUGGAAGCACUGAUUCCAACAAUACGGACACCAUGAGCAUACCGACAGGGAUUUCCCCAUCAUCAUCGUCAUCCGACUCGCCCACGUCACCAUUAUCCAUGCCACUGACGCCGCUAUCAACCAGCAUAUCACCCGAUUCGUCCGUUUGCUUACCGGAAAAGCCUUCCACACCACAGCAACGUCGUCGCUCCUCACUAUCUCAGCUCACCAGGAGACGCUCAUCACUUGGUCGACGGCAGAGCAGCCCCGAGUCUAUCGGCGCUCCCACGCAGUUCCACUACAUCGGCCGUGUGAAGCCGUCCGGCAAUGUCAAAGUCAACCAGAAACUAGUCAGCACACGAUCCGUUGAGCUACAUCGGCCUGCGUCGGGAACAUACGGAUUCUACGUCAAACGCCGUCCGUCCGCCCUGGCGUCAUCGGCAGCCAAUGACUCGUCACCUCAGCAGGCCGGGUUUUUCGUGUCGCGCAUCGCCAGUGGUGACACUCGUAAACUUCUGUCUGGCAUGCUGGAGGAGGGCGACCAGAUCCUGGCCAUCAACGGCGUGUCGCUGCAGCCCACCGACGGCGGUGUGGCCGAGGUGUGCACCGAAGAUGUGGUGCAGCUCUUGCAGGCCAACACUCUGCAGCUUGUGAUUAUCCCUCGUCUGGAGAUAGAGGAGUGGUAGAGAGAGACAUUGCUGCUCGCUGAUUACCGUGCAGAAUUCUGCAGGGUGCCGGUCGGUCUGCUACAUGUACUGGCCACAAAGCAAGAAGUAGAAUUUUUUUAUUUUACAAAGACCACUUACAUGCCAAACGUGAGAUGCGGCUAGGGGAAGCAUGCACAACCUGAAUCGUGGCAGUGAUGGUGAGGUUCAGGGAGCUCUGCCGACCUAGGGUCUCGACUUCAUGGCCAUCUAGACAGAAUGAUGGUCUCCUAAACCUGCUCUACACCAGCUUUGUAAUCAGUGAAUUCUGAACAGUAGCUGAUAACCUCUAUUCAGACUCAGCUCUUGGAACAAAUGCAGAAUAUUUUUUGUCAACAUUUCUGCUUCUUUUUUUUCACUCCAAAACUUGCAUUGGUAUCAUUGAACUAUUUCACUUUACUUCAAUGGCGGUGACGUCCCGAAGUGUUGAGCAAAAUUUAAUAUCACCAGGCGUUUCUAUUAACUUCUGACUCCAACAAUAGAACAGUAAAUAGACGUAGAAACUGAUGAAGAGCACCAAUAUGGUCUGAGACCCAUCCACCGAUUAUUUUCACAGCCCAUAUUGCAUCUGCACUUUCUCCAUCUCUCAUGACGCUACCUAUCAACCACUGAUUACCAGAUUAGUAUGACCAUCGUUAGUAACUACACGGAUACACCGUAGUAACGUUGUACUGAAGUAACAGGUUUAGCCAGGCUUCUGAUGCUAGCAUAUUUAGUAACCUUCCCAUUGGUGAUUUGAGUUUGACUCGUUUUUUUAGAAACCCGAUCAUUAUUGGAGCAUGUACCCUCUUUUGUUUCACACAUCUAUUAAUUGGCGCAAUGUCGCCUUCGUAUAACCGUUCACACCCAAGCUAUAACCGUUCA